AUGUUCAUUUUACAAGUCGCCACGUGGAUGAUGCCACGGCGCUUCUUGUCGCUUCUGCUGCUGCUGCCACUCGUGGUGACGGCAGCAGAGUGUCCGUACGAAAGCUACGCCACCGACGGCGCUAUCCUCGUGGCCGAUACAACCUACUGCUUGUCGACAGCGCCUGUCUGCGCUGUCGACACGUCGUGCCGCCGUUUGCUCAGCCACAAGAUUUCCCGCGAUCAAGUAAAAUUUUCCGGUUACUCUGCGCUCGGCAACCUCACGGCGUAUCCGCACGACGAGCUGUACAUCGGCAAUGCGUCGUAUGUGAAUGCCAAUGCCAUGGAGCUGCCUUCGACCCUCCUCACGCUGAGCUUUGACAACGUCACCGCGAUUAGCCUAGGCGUUGUCUAUAGCGACCUUAUUGACAACAUCACCGAGCUGUACAGCCUCCGUCCUUUGACCAGCACGUGGUCUUAUGCAUUGCUUACGUAG